UGGUUUUAGUGUCUGGAUGUUCGUGAGUUAUUGAUGUGUCAACAAGAAAGAUGGCAGCCAACAACAAAACCGAUUUCAACUUGGAGACACUUUUAACUGUAUUCAAAAAUUGCAGAGGAGAAGACAACAGUCUCAAUAUUGAUAGAUAUAAUGAUGCUUAUGAAGAACUAUGCAAAUUGUUUUAUUUGUUGGGAAAAGUUUUCUCCUUUGUCGCAUCUGAUGUUGAAGAAAAGAUUGGUAUUUUACGAGAGUACAGAAAAAAUGAUGAAUCAAAUCAUUAUAGGACUAUAGACAGUAUGAUUCAAUAUGAAGUUGAUAACAAAAUUACUAAUAACAAGAAAAAAGCGUCUGGUUGUCGAACAUUAUUACGACUUCAUCGCGCGUUAGAAUUUACUUAUGAGUUUAUGAUUGAAAUUAACAAAGCUGAUAUAAAGGAUAAAAUGUCCACUGCUGCCUCAGAAUCAUAUGGUAGAUCAUUAGCCAAAUUUCAUCCAUUUUUAAUACGUCAGGCAGUUUAUUUAGCAGUUCAUACUUUACCCAGGAAAGAACUACUGAUGAAAAACAUGAAUAUUACAGAUGAAGAGAGUGGAAAAAUAACCUUGGAGCAAACUAUUCAAGAAAUGAAAAAAGUUUAUGAUAUUACCCAAGAUAUUUAUACUAAAAAUAAAUUAUUAGACUUACCUUAAUGUGCAAUAAACUUUCAUUAUUUUUUAUUUUCAUUUGUGUUUACAUCCAUCUGCUGUUUUGUCAUAAUGCACUGUUUAUGUUAGAAAAGGAUUGAAUACAAAUAAAGGGGAAGUUUUUAGUAGAAAUGUAUAUUAUCUCAGGUUAUAAUGAAGCAUAAUAACAAACCAUUCCAGUAUGUAUGCUUAGAGAAAAUAAUAUUUAUUGAAUUUUAAGAUUUUUGUGAAGAAUGUUUUCAUUUUAAGGAAUUAAUAAAUUUUUUUAAUGUUUAAAGAUUUGAAAUUAUCAUGUAGAAAUAUUAUUUAUUAUUAACUGUCUUACUCAAGUUGCACAAACUGAAAUAAUAUUCAUUUUAAAUUCUUUUAUUUGUAAUUUGUUACCUUUCCACCACCUUAACCUGUAUAUUUUUUAUAUUGAUUCCUAUGUUAGAGCCAUCAAGUCUAAUUAAAUUUGUAGGGUAUUGUUCAAUAUUGAUUUUGAAUAAGUUAAGGAUUGUAAAUGUAUUAAUUUCUUACCACAUAUGUUAAAUUUUUCAAUUAGUGAAUAGAUUAUAUGUUGAACAUGGAGAAAAUAAUGUAUUGCAUACUAUUUAGCUUGUUCAAGACAAGUGCCGUUAUAUAUCUUGAAAUGUAUAUUGAAAUAUUUUUGUCUGUGAUAAAAUAAUAAAAUACUUGACAU